AUGAUGUUCAUAUCUGUCUGUCUAUCCAUCUAUCUAUUGCAUGCUGUUCAUAUCUGUCUGUCUAUCCAUCUAUCUAUUGCAUGCUGUUCAUAUCUGUCUAUCCAUCUAUCUAUUGCAUGCUGUUCAUAUCUGUCUGUCUAUCCAUCUAUCUAUUAUGAUGUUCAUUCUGUCAUCUAUCCAUCUAUCAUUGCAUUCUGUUCAUAUCUGUGUGUCUAUCCAUCUAUCUAUUGCAUGAUGUUCAUAUCUGUCUGUCUAUCCAUCUAUCUAUUGCAUGCUGUUCAUAUCAUCUGUCUAUCCAUCUAUCUAUUGCAUGAUGUUCAUAUCUGUCUGUCUAUCCAUCUAUCUAUUGCAUGCUGUUCAUAUCUGUCUGUCUAUCCAUCUAUCUAUUGCAUGCUGUUCAUAUCUGUCUGUCUAUCCAUCUAUCUAUUGCAUGAUGUUCAUAUCUGUCUGUCUAUCCAUCUAUCUGUCAUGAUGUUCAUAUCUGUCUGUCUAUCCAUCUAUCUAUUGCAUGCUGUUCAUAUCUGUCUGUCUAUCCAUCUAUCUAUUGCAUGCUGUUCAUAUCUGUCUGUCUAUCCAUCUAUCUAUUGCAUGCUGUUCAUAUCUGUCUGUCUAUCCAUCUAUCUAUUGCAUUCUGUUCAUAUCUGUCUGUCUAUCCAUCUAUCUAUUGCAUGCUGUUCAUAUCUGUCUGUCUAUCCAUCUAUCUAUUGCAUGCUGUUCAUAUCUGUCUGUCUAUCCAUCUAUCUAUUGCAUGCUGUUCAUAUCUGUCUGUCUAUCCAUCUAUCUAUUGCAUUCUGUUCAUAUCUGUCUGUCUAUCCAUCUAUCUAUUGCAUGCUGUUCAUAUCUGUCUGUCUAUCCAUCUAUCUAUUGCAUGCUGUUCAUAUCUGUCUGUCUAUCCAUCUAUCUAUUGCAUUCUGUUCAUAUCUGUCUGUCUAUCCAUCUAUCUAUUGCAUGAUGUUCAUAUCUGUCUGUCUAUCCAUCUAUCUAUUGCAUGCCUGUUCAUAUCUGUCUGUCUAUCCAUCUAUCUAUUGCAUUCUGUUCAUAUCUGUCUGUCUAUCCAUCUAUCUAUUGCAUGCUGUUCAUAUCUGUCUGUCUAUCCAUCUAUCUAUUCAUGCUGUUCAUAUCUGUCUGUCUAUCCAUCUAUCUAUUGCAUGA